AUGAAGGCUGUGGUAUACAUUAAUAGUGACGAAGUUUGUCAAAAGUGUAAAAAUGAACAAGCAAUACUUAAAGCAAGGAACGAACUACACUGCAGGGAAUGCUUCUUAAGACUCGUAAGAGGUAAGCAAAGAAAACAAAUGUCAGAUGAGAGAUAUAAAGUAAAUUACAAAAGAAAUAAAAAUGAGAAAGUGUUAUUGGCAUAUUCAGGUGGCAUUUCAUCGUUAGUAUUGCUAGAUAUUAUUGCAAACUUACUCGCGGAACAAUCCGAGGCACAUAAAGGUUUAAAAGGUUUUGACCUUGUGGUCAUCAAUUUGAAUGAGUAUCAAUAUAAAUCACUAUCUGCUAAAUUGGAUUCCAUCUUACCACAAUUAUGGAAGCGAUAUUCAAUACCGAUGAAUUUUAAAAUAAUAUCUAUAAAUGAUUAUUUGGAUGAGAAUACGUUAUACGCUAUAUCGUUGGAUAAUGAAUUUAAAUCCUUUGCAAAACAAAUUAAAACCAAAACUACUAUAAUUGAUUUGCUCAACAAAUGCCCAAACAAAUCAUCAGCAGAAGACUUACUUUCAAUUAUUUUGCAUAAGUUAUUGUUAAAAGCGGCCAACAAAGAAAACUGCAAUACUAUAAUUUAUGCUCAUUCCAUGACAAGAAUCGCCAACGAGAUAUUAGCCUUGACUGUGAAAGGUAGAGGCUCAAUGAUACAUAAAUCUAUAUCUGAUAGGACUGAAAACAUAGAUGGUAAACCCAUAACUAUCAUUUACCCAUUAAGAGAUGUUUUACAUGAUGAAAUUAUUGAAUAUUCAAAAUUAUCUCAUUUGCAAGAGUAUAUUGUAGAUUCAACAAUUUUAAAAUCGAAAAUUUCAAAAAACUUGACGAUUAAAGAUUUAGUAGCUAAUUAUUUCACAAAUUUAAAUGAGACAGGUUACGCUUCAACUGCUUCAACGGUUAUGAAAAUAGGUCAGAAAUUAACAUCACCACAAUCAAAUACUGAAACAACGACAGUCUGUAAAAUAUGUGGUGUUGAAAUAUUUCAAGAUCCUCAAACAUGGUUGAGAAGCAUAACUGUUAAUGAUCCAGCCCCAAUUACAACUGAAGAAGAACAAGAAUACUAUAAGAUGUAUAAAUCAAGCAGUGCUCACGAUAUUCUGCAGAACGGAAGCAAUAUUGAUUUAUGUUAUGGAUGCAUUACAACAUUGAAUGGAACAAACGAAUUCAUUUGGCCUAUAAACCCAUCCAUAAAGAUUCUGUAUGAAAAUUCUCAUCAAAAUGUGCUUGAUGAAUUCGUUUUAACUGAUACCGAAGAAUAA